UUACGAUGCUAACAUAAUAACUAAUAUUAACUGUAAAACAGUUGUAUGUCAAAGUUUGCCGUGGUCAUUAGAGGCUCUUUCAUGCCACUACUGUACAGAGCAUGUGCCCCAUUGCUUUGGCGUGUCACUUGUAGUCCAUCAACAGAUCCAAUUGUCCCAGUCAGGGGGCUGCACUAAUGAGCUCCUCCUCCUCAUUUUGGGGAUUUGCCCCGGGGUGCAUGAGCCUGUGGACAGAGCUCUGGUGCUGGUGCUGCUGACUGCUGUAGAUAACAGUAAAUACAGCCUUAUCUGUGAACACAAAGGGUGACACAAAGAUGUGUUGAAGUGGAAUCAGCAUUCAACUCUUCAAGUUAAGACUGCAGUGUUUCUAGUGCAGUUUGAGUUUGUCCACAAUGACUGUCACCUACACAGCCAGAGUUGCAAACGCUCGCUUCUGUGGAUUCUCCAAGCUGCUCUUGGCCUGGAAGGGAAGCAUCUACAAAGUUUUAUACAAGGAGUUUAUGGCUUUCUUUGCCAUGUACACGGCCAUAAGCAUUACGUAUAGAUUUUUCCUGUAUGAUGACCAGAAGAGAUAUUUUGAAAAGAUCGCCAUUUACUGUAACCACUAUGCUAGUCUGAUCCCUAUGUCUUUUGUAUUGGGUUUCUAUGUGACUCUUGUGGUGAAUCGUUGGUGGAGCCAGUACACCUGCAUCCCGCUCCCUGACCAGCUCAUGUGCAUUCUCUCUGGUGGCCUGCAGGGCAGCGACGAGCGGGGCCGUUUACUCAGAAGAACCAUGAUGCGGUACGCGAGUCUGUCCGCCCUCCUCAUCCUGCGCUCUGUCAGCACCGCCGUGUUCAAGCGCUUUCCCACCAUUGACCAUGUGGUAGAGGCAGGUUUCAUGACAAGAGAGGAGAGGAAGAAGUUUGAAAGUCUCCAGUCUCCCUAUAACAAAUACUGGAUCCCCUGUGUUUGGUUCUCUAACUUGGCUAAUGUGGCUCGGUGUGAGGGCCGGAUCAAAGAUGACAGCACACUUAAACUUCUGCUAGAGGAGCUGAACGUGUUUCGGGGGAAGUGCAGCAUGCUGUUUCAUUACGAUAUGAUCAGUGUGCCUCUGGUCUACACACAGGUUGUUACUUUGGCGGUUAGCUUCUUUCUGGUUUGUUUAAUUGGUCGACAGUUUUUGGAUCCUGCUCAAGGUUAUCCUGGCUAUGACCUCGACCUCUAUGUGCCCAUCUUCACUCUGUUGCAGUUUUUCUUCUACGCUGGAUGGCUCAAGGUGGCAGAACAACUUAUAAACCCUUUUGGUGAAGAUGAUGAUGACUUUGAGACCAACUGGCUGAUAGACAGGAAUUUUCAGGUUUCCAUGAUGGCAGUGGAUGAGAUGUACGGUGACCUGCCUCUAUUACAGAGGGACAGAUACUGGAAUGACUCAAACCCCCGACCGCCCUACACUGCUGCCACUGUCUUUGUCCUGCGCAAACCCUCUUUCCAGGGGUCCACCUUCGACAUGUUGUUGCCUAAAGAUGAGAUGCACUUCCAGCCUUUGGAGGACAUUGCUGAAAACCUGGAGGAGUCGGGCAGUCGUGAGUCCAACAUGGCGCUUUUAAACCGUCUCCUGAACGUAGCCCCCAGCUCCAGUGGUCUGAUGGGAGGUGCGCUGCGCCGCACCUCAGCCCAGCUACAGAGGUUACGCCAAUAUCCCAGUGUGGACCCCACUGCCAGUGACGAAGAGGAGGAGAGCGCUACAGUAAGUAAAGAGUCCCUACCAUCUGGACAGAAACAGGACACCCAGAGCACAGUGUGUAGUUUGAAGGAGAUGUGCGUUGGGGCACCUCUUCUGGACAUGCAAAUUGGAUCAGACCCUCUGGAGUUGAGGAUUGAGGAGGAUGGAGAUUCACUCAAACAGGUAGAGGACAUCCCAUCUACAGUGUCCCUGCUCCCUCCGCCACCUCAGCUCAAAAAGACCAGACCUGUCUCUGCCAUCACCCCACAGCUGUGUAACUUGCUUCAGCCCAUUGACCCCGCCCACCUGGAGAACAGCAGGUCUCAACCAGUCAUCAACAAGAACCAUACCACACUCUCCACCAUCAGCCCAUCCUCUGGAGUACACGAGACACCCUGUGCCCAAUCACUGAGAGCCCACAGUGUAAGUAUGGGCCUAGAAAUCAACGGGGCACAACAUGAUGAUGACUUUAAUCAAUCCUAGAUGUCUGAGUCAGACUUGAUCAAGCAGUCUCUCAGCUGCCCUGGGACAGACAAUGAAUGUAUAACCUUAAAACCAAAUAUCGUACGCAACCACUCCUUCAAAGUUAGUGAGGGAUAUUAAAUUCUACAUACAAAAAGCAAUAUAUAGUAUUUGUUUGAUCUGCAAAUACUGCUACUAUGUCUAGAGUUGUACUGCAUUGGCUUUUUUCUGAAAUGCACUUUCAAGAAGCAAUUUACAAAUCUUUUCACUGUAAUACUUAAUUAUAUAUUUAAUACUGUGCAGUAUUUUGUCCUUGAUUUUAUUACAAACACAAAGCAUUAGUAUCGUAAAACACACCGUCUACUCAUUUAUUCAUUAUACAAUGAAUGAAAACUACAACCAAAAUAACAUAUUGGACAAAUAAGUUACCAGAAAUGGCCAGCAGGUGGCAACAGUUUCAAACUAAAGUCAACACUACUUUGUUGAUGAGGUCAAAAUAAAACGAUUAACUCUCAUCUAUUAGGCUUUGUCAGGUUUUGUACUUGGGCCUCAGAGUGGACAGCCUUUGUUUGGCCAAAAAGGACUGGGCUGGACCUGGAGAGCGAGGCUCCUCAGUGAAGCCAUGCUUUUGUAGAACUGUAGACUGGGUAGAAAUCAACAUGUUACUAUAGCUUAGAAAUUACAGACAAAAAUGUGGACAAAAAAAUAAGCUUGUACAGUCUAACUUUAAACUGGUGCUGAUUCUGAAUAACUUUGAAUGUCCAACAGCCUCUGUUUUCAAAGCUUUGAGGUCAGCCCAAAGCUACGAUCCUGACUUCAGCCAAAGUGACAUAAUUACCACACUAGUUAUUACAUGGCAUUUAGGUAUUUAGACACUGUAAUUAUUAUGUGCGUAAUAUAGUGAAAACUUUGUACUUAGAAGUAAGCAAGGACUGAAAAUCUAUAGGAUAGCCAUGCACUAAAAAUAUUAUUCACGCUAAAUAACUAAUAUAAGCAGUACUCAUUACUCAACUAAACUGUAAUGAAAUGAAGCUGGUGCAACCACAAUUAAUACUACCUAUUGACUAUUGGCAUUACAUACUAAAUGCUAAAUUUACUACUCCUGUUAUUAUUACAAUGACCACUAUCUACUAUAGGGAAAAAAGAAAAUAGAAGAGCAUUUAGUUUUGUUGAUAUUUUUAAAGAAAAUCUUGCUUCAGUCCCAGCUUCCAUAAAACAAAAAAAAUUUAUUUUUAAUGUCUUAUUGUGGCUGCAACUGUGCACCCACUUUAUAAAUAAAGCUUUCAAUGUGCUUAACCCUUACACUUCUAUUGGUUUAUUAAAAUGUGCACUAACCAUUUAACACUAUCCACCAUUCACCUUACCAUGUGUUGCCAUGCUGUAAGUAUCAGUUCCUCCUCUUGAUCUUGCAUGGUCCUCCUUUCACGAGAGGCUGAGCCCUGUACGUCCACAUAAAUUAAUAGUCUAGUAUUUGUCCUUGUCUUACCCCAAACAAGAAGAAUGAAUAACAUAUCCACUCACCUUUGGAGCAGCAUUUGAAUCAAAAGGUCUAAAAUUGAUACUCAUUAUUUAGUAACUGUAUCUACUGCUUCACUGACUGUUAAGUUUGUCCUGUUUGGAGCAGAGAGGGGCCCUGGUUUGGUGGUUUAGCCUGUGGUGGGGGUACACUAUAGAGGUGCAGCAGAGAGCUUACACACUGGGCUCCUGGUUUAGUGAGAGAUCACAUCCUGCUGACUGCGGCACAUUCGCUGUGGUCAGUAAUGGGACUGGGGAUUUGAAGGUAAGCACCACUAUACAAUUAGAUGAAACCGAUAAGCUGUAACAGCAAGUUUGAUGGUACAAAUUGUGAAAGAAAUAAAUGGCAAAUGGACUAAUUUAUAUAACACUUUUCCACAUCUAACAGUGCUUCACAUCAAGGAACCACACACCCAAUCUACAUACACACACAUUCACACACCACUGUACACAGACACUGGAGGUGAAGUGGAUAAAGUGUCUUGCCCAAGGACACUCUGCCCCUGUGGCAGCUGGGAUCAACCUGCCAACCUGUGGGCCAGUUGAUUUGACCAAUCUUCCAAAUAGUCUUAUGCUGGGAGGGGAAUUCGAACCCCCAACCUUUGAAUCAGUGGGCCAACACCAACAGCGCUUUUGAGCUGACCUUCAGGUGGUACAUGGCGACCUUUAUAGUUCACUCUAUACACUUGGCGCAAAGCACAUCAAAGUUGGGUUUUAUGUGUGAUAAACUAAGUCUAUAUCAGGACUAAAUUGGGACAAGUGUGAACAGAAAUACUCCUUUGAAUUCGUCCUUGUUGAGAACUUGCAUAUUUUGUGGUUUAGCCUCAAGUUUUAGACCUGGAUCAGGUCUAGUCAUAUUUGGGGAGACAAAUAUUUUCCUAUUUAGUAUGUGCACAUCACUCUGAUAAGGUGAAUGGGAAAAAUUGCAUCAAAUAAUUGGAAAUGUAAGUUUGUGUAUGAUCCAGACAUUGGUACAGCGGAGUUUAGAGUUUGAGGAAAAUAUAACAUUGAAUAUGGACAAAUAAUGUUUAAAUUCUAUAUAAAUCAAAAAAGCAGUUGAAUUUAUAUUUUAUUUUUAACAAUAGACAUAAAAACAAAUCCAAACGGCAACUAACACAACUUGAAAAUUAGGAUUAAACUUGUACUGCCAGACUCUGACUAGAACAAGACUCAACAAAGUCUGCAUUAGGACUGAACCUGGAUUAAACUAGGAUCAAUGUCCAAUAUUUCAUUUGUCACGUGAAAAGCAGCUUGUUUCUCAGCUCAGUAUGUACUGCUGUCACAUACACAGAAACACUGUAAAUCCCCUCAUAGUCAGACAUCAGUGGGCCAGACAUACACCUUUAAAAUAGACCAGUUUUUAAUAAAUAAAAAUAAACACGCUAUAUUUUCUGAAGCUGCUGAGUAAUAAUAACUUGAUACUGAUGUAAAAUGGUCACAUGGCAGUAACAUUACCGUACGCAUGUUUUUGUCAUUAAGUGUGAAAACAUAAGUGUGGGGGAGGAUUUUCAAAGAGCUGUGUGCAUUUCUCUAGAACCACAAGUAUUAAGGUCAGCCAGAAACCAGCAACCAAGCCCAACUGACACUUUACCUGUAAACUGGUUAUUACAUGGUAUUUAGCCUGGGAUUUUUGACUAAAGGUGUAUUCUUCUACAUUAUGAUAUAUAUUUAUAUAUAUUUUUUUUCUUUUACUUAUUUAUUUGAUUUUAUUGUGACAACUUUGAAGAAUAACAGUUGUGGCAGAUAUUGUAUGUUUGUAAGAUGGUAUAUUUUUGCCUGACCAAACCAGUCUUUCCUAUAUUGUCAAAGUGUGUGGCUUUGGAUGGCAGGCAUUCUUUUAAAGUAAGUUAUUAUUGGAAAUAAAAACGUGUACUUGUUUAAUUACCUGGCACCAUUGUAGGACGUUAUGAGCUUGUGGUGCUGAUGCUUCAGAAGUGCAAUUGUAGAAAAAAAAAUGUUAUUGGUAUAGAGAGAGAAGAUAUUUUGAAUAUUUAACUAGUUAAAGAUGCAGUAUAACUGUGAGUGUGGGGUCAGCUUCAAGUAUAUGCUAUUGCUUUGCCUUUUUAUGGAGACAAGUAGGUGACAACAAUAGGCUAACUUCAAGUUACAGGUCAGAUCUAGAGAGUGGUGCCCAUUUAUGUCAUGCUUUGGAACAUUAAAGGCAAAGCACUAACAUCUCCAUGGUCCAAGUUACAUUGUGCACCUUUAAAAUAGCUGAUUAAAUAUUUGCCUAGGACAAUCAGUUUCUAAUUGCAAUAACCUAAUACAACUACAUGCCCUCAGAGGAAAAGACUUCUGUGAUAAUAUUAAUGUUGUUACCGCACUUUCUCUUUACACAGGUCUUGUGUACAGGAGGAUUACUCUUUAACUAAAUCGUCACGUGACAGUAGCGUAUGUUCUGUACUUUGAGGGGAGUGUGUUUGGGGCACACCCUGCUCCUCUCCAAAGGUGCGUCCAGCCGCCUCGUUGGGACAGGCCUGUCUGGUUCUGUGUCUGCAGCCUCUGUCCGCUCUGUUUGUAUAUGUCCCUCUGUGUUUCUACCAGGCUCUUAUCGGCUGUGUGGUAAUGGUCUGGAGAUAACUGGAGGAAAUACUGCAGGUUAAAGAUCGUUGGUGAAGCAGAGAAGUUAUUUUUAUGUAGGUUUAUACAUUUAUUUUACUUGUUAAGGUUAAAGAGAGACUUAUUUUUUCAUAUUAUAAGAUUAUAAUAUGGUAUAAUUAAGAGAACUCUUGUAAAUUAAGAACACUCUGAAGUAAAAUGUUGUUAUGUUUAGUUGUCUGAAGAAAGGCUUGACCCCGAAACGUCACAUUGUAGUAUUAAAAUAAAGAUUUGGGAGUGCCAAAGAACUGCAGUGCAGAUCUGUUUUUUAUUUUGCACAAUUAGUUGAAUGAUACCACCAACAAAGCAGCUGUUUUACCUAAACAUGUUUACAGUUAAAUAGGCACACGUUUUAUUGCAAAUGCUCAUCAAAAUAUUCACAGAAUGUACUAGCACUACAAUACGGCUUAAACUUGCAGCAUAUUUUGGAAAUAUUUUAUAUUUUUAUGCUUUUCAUACAAACAUCUAUUUGCUUCAUUAAUCCCUGUCACACAUUUGACUAAAUCUGGUGUUUAGCUGCGAGUAUUAGCAAAUGGGCCGCUGAUUAAAAUGGUGUAUAUUUACCCCAGGCAAAUUUGAACCCUGUCUAAACUAUUUCUCUUCACUCAAUUGGCAUAAACACGUUGUUAUAUAAUUUGGUACAGGGUUAUAUUUAACAUGAAUUUCUCUCAGAUGCCUCUCCAAAUGAAAAUCUAAUUAAAUGUGUUGCACGGUUUAAUGCAGGCUCUUGGCAGGUGGCAGAGCUGAAGCCUUUGAUUUCAAAAUACUUGGAAACAUCUCAUCUUUGUUUUUCUAUUUAGUGGCAAUAGAGGUAAUGAUAACAAUGGUAAAAGAAAUGGAGGUAGAAGUGGUAGUAUUUGUAUUAAUGGUAUACAAAUAAUAAUUUAAAUAGGAGUACACACUGUAUCACUAAUGUUUGCAGUAUCAUAAGUAGUGGCAGUAGUAAUGGAAUACGAAGAAGAUUUUUUAUUAAAUAGUACUACCAUUUUAACCUACUUUCUACUUCUGUGUAAACCAACACAUAGUACAAAGCAAAACAACUAUAACCAGUGGUAAUACAAGGCCUGCAUGAGCGUGUGUUAAGUCCACUGUCACUGCCGGGAGGCGCCACAUCUGCACACUGACAGAUGUUUCAGACCAGGGUACUGCAGGCGCACUAGUUAAGGGGCAACUCCCCACUGCUCUUAUCCCCUGUAC